AGUUGUUCUUUUAAGAAGUACGUUUGUUUUUCAAAAUAAAAAGUUCCUACUAAUUAUUUCAAAAAUGCGAUUAUUUCUUUUGAUAUUUGGACUAGGGGGGAUUAUUUUCUCAAUUGCAUUCGCACAAAAUGCAGUACAACCAGGCGGUGGUUUUCCUGGAAACCAAUCAGCUGGAAGUAAUCAAUUUCAAGCUGGAGUUCAACAGCCAGUGCAACAAGCAGUCGGAACUGGCCAACAACAAGGUUUAGUAGGUCAACAGCCAGUGCAACAAGGAGUCGGAACUGUCCAACAACCAGGUUUAGUAGGUCAACAGCCAGUGCAACAAGGAGUCGGAACUGUCCAACAACCAAGUUUAGUAGGUCAACAGCCAGUGCAACAAGGAGUCGGAACUGUCCAACAACCAGGUUCAGUAGGUCAACAGCCAGUGCAACAAGUAGUCGGAACUGUCCAACAACCAAGUUUAGUAGGUCAACAGCCAGUGCAACAAGGAUAUGGAACUGUCCAACAACCAGGUUCAGUAGGUCAACAGCUAGUGCAACAAGGAGUCGGAACUGUCCAACAACCAGGUUCAGUAGGUCAACAGCCAGUGCAACAAGGAGUCGGAACUGUCCAACAACCAGGUUCAGUAGGUCAACAGCCAGUGCAACAAAGAGUCGGAACUGUCCAACAACCAGGUUCAGUAGGUCAACAGCCAGUGCAACAAAGAGUCGGAACUGUCCAACAACCAGGUUUUUCAGUUCAACAGCCAGUGCAACAAGGAUUCGAAACUGCCCAACAACCAGGUUUAGCAGGUCAACAGCCAGGAGAACAAGGAUAUGGAACUGUUCAACAACCAGGUUACGUUGGUCAACAGCUAGGACAACAAGGAUAUGGAACUGUCCAACAACCAGGUUACGUAGGUCAACAGCCAGGACAACAAGGAUUCGGAACUGUCCAACAACCAGGUUACGUAGGUCAACAGCUAGGACAACAAGGUUUCGAAACUGUCCAACAACCAGGUUUAGGAGGUCAACAGCUAGGACAACAAGGAUAUGGAACUGUCCAACAACCAGGUUACGUAGGUCAACAACCAGUACAACAAGGAUAUGGAACUGUCCAACAACCAGGUUACUUAGGUCAACAGCCAGGACAACAAGGAUUCGGAACUGUCCAACAACCAGGUUUUGUAGGUCAACAGCUAGGACAACAAGGAUUCGAAACUGUCCAACAACCAGGUUUAGGAGGUCAACAGCCAGGACAACAAGGAUAUGGAACUGUCCAACAACCAGGUUACGUAGGUCAACAGCCAGGACAACAAGGAUAUGGAACGGUCCAACAACCAGGUUUCGUAGGUCAACAGCAAGGACAACAAGGAUUCGGAACUGUCCAACAACCAGGUUACGUAGGUCAACAGCCAGGACAACAAGGAUAUGGAACUGUCCAACAACCAGGUUACGUAGGUCAACAACCAGUACAACAAGGUUAUGGAACUGUCCAACAACCAGGUUUCGUAGGUCAACAUCCAGUGCAACAAGGGUUCGGAUCUGCCCCACAACUACGUUUUAUCGGUCAACAGUCUUUCAAUCCUUAUAGACAACAAUCAGGUUUUCCUGGUCAACAGACUUUUAACCCUUAUUAUGGAUAUGGGCAACAACCGAAUGUUGUAGGUCAGCAACAACAACCCGCCUAUGCUGGAGGCGUGGCAAUGCAAGGCCCAUAUCAACAAUUGUACCAACAAGGUCAAUAUACAGGAUCCCAGUCUAGUUCAUCUUAUGGAAAUGGUUUAACACCUGUUCACGCGCCAACGUUAAGACAUCAUUAUUCACAAGUUUAUUAUCAAACAACACCAUCCGUAGUAUCAGAGAGUACAAUGCAAGAAUUUUACAGAAUUGUCAAUGACUACGCCACUAGAAAGAAGCGAAAUCAAGAAAUUAACAACACUGAAUUAACCAACUCAGUUACAAAAGUAUGGACUGAUGUACCAUCCAGUACACGCAAUAUGAUUAUGAAUUUCUUAAGAACUGCCAAUUUCACUAAUCUGCAAUCAGCAAUCAAUGUUGUUAAAGAGGAAAGUAGAAAAUCAGGAAACACAUUCGUUGUUCGAAUUUUGGAAAUUACUGAAUAUAUUUUCAACAUAAUACGCCAGAUAAUGUCAACGUUAUCAUUUGGUCUUAGCGACAGACUACUCGCGAUUUUUCAAAAUAUUCUCUUCCGUAUGUAAAUCUUCAUUUCAAUUUUUUUCUAAAUUUAGUCUAAAUAUAAUUCAAUUAU